CAUGCUUGUAUGCUGUGUCCACAUGUAAAAGAGGGGCUGUCCCGGUUCAUUCCCAUUUCGUUGACUGUGUCUUCAUCACCAAUAUAAUCGUGGUUUAUGAGAGAACUCCUGAUACGUAUUGCGAAAUCUAGUUUGCUGGUUAGCUCGAAUCCUCUUCCAAUAUGUUUCUAUGUCCAGCUUGUCAAGAAAUAGACUGGCAGCGACUGUCAGAUGCUCAACCCCAUGAGUUAAGCAGUCUUCAAGGGGUUUUACUUGCAGACUUGGGGAGAGAUUUUGUUCCCUGUGUGCUCUGUCAUCUCUGCAAGCUGCUACAGCGCCACGACGUAUGUGCAUCCCAGCUGUAUCGUAUGGGCCAUGAUGAAGAUGAUGGGCAAGGAAACUUCAUUGAUUUGUACCCAUCCACUCCAGGAAACUGGCAACUCCGGGCUUUUGACUUUUGGCAUGUUUGGCAUCACGAGGAACGAUACAACAUGCGCCAUACUUCAGAUAAAUUUAAACCACCAGACACACCGGGCCGCUACUUUUGCCUCGCUCGUUUCGAAACCGGCUGGUAUGGAUUCGGAAAACUUCUGGCGUCGCAUCCUGUGACCUUCCGAGCAAGCAGAACCACCCCGUUUAGCGAAGGACUGACAUUAUGCUGCAAACCCUGCGACAUUCAGGCAAGUCCGGACCUCGACUCGUGGAGCCUGAGAAAUCGUUAUGAUCCAAGGCUGGUUAGCAUUUGGUUACAAGAGGCGAAGAUGACUGCUUGGCCGGAAAUGCUGAAAUCCUGCGACAGCAAUGGCUUUGCCAGUAUGAGACUCAUCGACUGUGAAAGUGGUAGCGUUGUUAAGGCGUCUGAUAUAGAGAAACCUAACCUUAAGUGGAUCGCGCUGAGUUAUGUCUGGAGACUUGCAGACCAGCAUAAAGUGGAUCGACAACAUGCACAAAACUUGACCAACGACAAGCAGAUACCGAAGGUCGUCGUACAAGCAAUGAAAGUCACACAAGACCUUGGUUAUCGUUAUUUGUGGGUGGACAAAUAUUGUAUCGAACAGGAUAAUCAUGUCGACACAGCUCUUCAAAUAUCAAACAUGGAUAAGGUCUAUUCAGGUGCCGAACUGACUAUCGUCGCUGCAAGCAGCAAUGGGCUCCUUCCGGGCGUCGACGAUGUCGAAAGUUUUCACCGCGAGAUUGUGGUGUUUCCUCAACAUGAUGUCGCAAUUUUAGAGACAGGUCCCAGUGCGUACGAUUUGAUCAACAAAUCGUGUUGGGCUUGGCGGGGUUGGACUUAUCAAGAAAAAGCUAUGUCUCGUCAGAUACUCUAUUUUACGGAUACACAUACCCUUCUUUCAAACGGCCGGAGCAGCUGGACUGACAUUCUGCCUAUUUCCGCUCCCAAUCUCUGCAUUAAAUCUAGGUUACCAAACUCAUUCAUAAGUAUUCACCAGUCCUUGGCUGAAGUCCAAGAUGGAAGGGCCACAUCUUACGAAUAUUUCAGCGAUCGGCUGGUCUCACAAGGACCUAUAAUGUCUCUGUACCUUCGGUCUGUCGAGCUUUAUUCCUCACGAAUGCUUUCCGAGGUGCAAGAUACCAUCCGAGCAUUUCGUGGGGUUUCAAACCUCCUGGAAAUGUCCACAUAUGCAAUCAAGAGCAUCCAGGGCAUCCCAUACACCUCUAUUCCUGAACAAGGUGCUUUGAAUGAUACCUACGACAAUCAGAAGUUUUCCUUCACAAUAAAUCUUUGCUGGUAUCCGAACACUUCCAGUGAAGAUCGGCAGAAUGAUAAUGGCUGGCAGCUAGUUCAGCCACCUGAGUUUCCAUCCUGGACGUGGGCGGGAUGGAAAGGUAGCAACAUAAACUUCUACGGAACACGAUAUUUCCAUUGUUCGGGCCAGUUUUUCGACAAGAAAACACGGGAGGACGAUUUCAAAAUAUACAUGAAUAUUGUAGGGUUUCUAGACAGAUUGAACGCAAGGAUCACUACAUUGCCUGAUAUUGACAGCUUAGACACUGGCCAAAAAGAUGGUAUCCAUUAUUUGGUCCUCGAAGGAUUUUGUUUCCCCGUCGAGGAGAUCAAUAUACUCCCUACAGGCACAGCCGGUUUUGGCUUCGAAAACUUGCUAAGCUCGGAUGUCAAGGAUUUGUGCAAUGGAUCAGCCUCAUUAUUCAUGAUGAUGCAGUGCUACUGGGUCGACCCUCAUUCAGAUGAUGUGAUCAUCAGUCUUCUUGUGGACUGGACUGAAGACACGAUGGAUAUCGACAGAGAAAACCUUCGAGUAGGUGUGAGAAGAAAAAUGAUAUUGGCUUCACGGAUGUGGAUCAUGAAGGACAUACGAGAGAACUUGGAACCACUGAAGAUAAAGUUUGUGAUUCGAUAGCAGCGUGCUGUGAUGGUCAUAAUACUACGUUAAGAUAGCUCUUAAUGCAGGUAUUACGGAGACGGGUUUCGACAUUGGGCUCAAACCUUAUACCCCCGGCGUACUAUAACUUAGACAAGCGGAUAAGGAUGAUCAUAGGGUGAACAAAGCGUUACAAAAGUGAAGGGUUGAAAGCAAGGAACCGCUAGUUUCUUGUCUUGUAUCUUGAAGACGAAC